UGCAGUUAUACCGUCGUUCCAAGACAAAAGACCAAUUCAGCAGCAUUAAAGAGAGUAACAAAGCCAACAAUGUGUGGUGGCAUCAAGAAUGAUACGUUCCAAGAGACCAGCGUGAAAUCUCUGGACAUACAACAAAUAUGUCUGAUUGUAAUUUCAACAAUUGGUGUUCUGUUGAAUGGUUUUCUUCUAUGUGCAGUGCGUCUCCCUAAAUCAUGUUCCGCUUUAGUACGAAACUUGGCUAUUGUUGAUCUUUGUACAGCAUUUCUUUCAUUUUUUUGGGUAUUUCGUGAAAUGAUAUCCUCCAAAUUGCUAUUGGGGAUUGUUUUGGAAACAUUAUCAUGGAUGUUCGUAUUUGUUUCAUUUCUAACAAUUUUAGCAAUUGCGAUACAGCGUUAUAUCGCCAUAGAAUAUGCUAUGUGGACAUAUUCAGUUAUGAAAAACAAACCCAGGCUUUCAAGAACGAUAUCAAUUUGUACAUGGUUCAUAUCUAUCAUCUUCGGUUCCGCAAGAUUUUAUCUUCAUUGGCAUAUUAUCUCGUUUAUUCUGACUAUCAUUUACGAACUGAUUGUCAUAUCAACCAUCGUUCUAUAUUUUAUGAUUUUCACAUCAUUUCAUCGAUACAAGUUUAAAGAUCGUCAAGGUCUUUUUUCUGAUAAAAGUCGCUUGAAGCUUCAGGUGGAAAAAGAGUCAAAAUUGACAAAAACUGUGUUUUGGGUGUCAGGGGUUCUCGUUGUUGGAGUUUUGCCCUAUAUCGUUCUUUUGCAGUUAAAUAAAAGCAAAAUACUUUUCAACACACUUGACAUUUUGAAAUGCAACAAAACAUUCAAAAGCUUCGCUUAUUACUGGAUUCUGCUGGAAAUGUUAGCUUUCAGUUUAAAUCCUGUCAUUUAUCUUUCACGUUGUCAACUGAACCGUGGCAAACUUAAUCGCAUUCGACAAAUGCUUUUCCGAAAACAAGAUUUCAGAAUUUCUCCAGAAGGAAAUACGACUCGAUAA